AUGAAGCGAUCAGCCACCACAAGCGAUGGUGGAGCAGGCAGCAACUGGAAGGCUCUUAAGAAGACGCUUAUCUCGGACGCAUCCACCACCACUAACACCACCACCACCACCACCACCUCCUCCUCCUCCUCGACUCCACACAGAAAGUUUUCUACGUCGCAACCCAAGCCAAAACGCGUCAAGCUGAACCAGGUCAAUGGUAAGGAUGCCGUGGUCACCAAAUCCUCCAGUCCUGCUCCGACGACCUUGCCGUGGUUUGCCGAGGACAUCUCACCACAAGAUCUGGAGCUUGUACGGCAGAGUGCUUCAGACAAGAUGUCGCGUAGCGGAGAGUGGGAAGGCAUCAUGGAUGCCAAUCUCAAGAAAAAAGUCAUCCUCGGUGGUCUGCCUUCCGACGCCAAUCCAGCCAAAAAGGAGCCCGGCAACUAUCUCGCCAUCGACUGUGAGAUGGUAGGAGUGGGUGACAAAGGCUCUGAGUCCAUCCUAGCGCGUGUGUCGAUCGUCAACUUUCACGGCGCCACCAUCAUGGAUCGGUUUGUCAGGCCGCAGGAAAAGGUCACCGAUUAUCGUACAUGGGUAUCUGGCGUGCGGCCCAAGGAUCUCAAGAACGCCCCUUCCUUCAGCGAGGUGCAAGGCGAAGUGGCCAAUCUGAUUAAGGGCAAAGUGUUGGUUGGACACGCCAUUCAAAACGACUUGAAAGCUUUGCUGCUCUCGCAUCCCAAACCACUAAUCCGCGAUACCGCCACAUUCCAACCGCUACGUGACCUCGCAAAGACCAAAUACCCAAGCCUAAAGAAGCUCGCCAAGCUCGUUCUUGGUAUUGACAUCCAGCUCGAGGGCGAGUCGCAUUCGUCAGUCGAAGAUGCACGUGCCACCAUGGCCGUCUUCCGCAGCCAAAAGCCCAAAUGGGACGAGAUGCUUCGAUCCAAAGGCCCCUCGCGAGGCGGUGCCUUUGCCAAACUUGCCUCGCGCUCCUCGGCGGCGGGCAACAAGGUGUGGAAGGCCCCCACCAACGGCGAAGCUGUCGAUGCUGCUUCGCCCGCGCUCAACAAAAGGCGCAUUUCUAGCUCAGCCGGAGCCGGUGGCGCUCUUCAGGACACGGUGAGCCUGAAACCGCGCAGGGCAGCAACGGCCGACUGGUGGAAAGAGUCCAUGUGA